AUGGCGGCUAGUACCGACGACCUCCCAAAAGACCAAGAUUUUUGCGAUCCCGAGCGACAACGCAUAAUUGAAGGCGACAGCCGUUUUAAUCGCCUCGGAUGGAAGCGCCUCACUGUUCUCUCAAUAGUCGAAGCAAUUGCCCUAGGCAGCCUGGGACUUCCGUCUGCAUUCGCAUCGCUCGGCAUGGUAGCAGGUCUGAUUCUGACUGUCGGAAUCGGCCUGGUUGCAAUGUACGCCGGCCAUAACAUCGGACAAGUCAAGCUGAAAUACCCACAAAUCGGGCACUAUGCAGAUGUUGGCCGACUGCUGUUCGGAAAAUGGGGAUCGAAAAUCUUCAUCGGGAGCUUUGUCUCGCUACUGGUCUUCGUCAUUGGAUCACACUGUUUGACAGGUGCAAUUGCAUUCCAGAACAUUACCCAAAGCGAUGUAUGCUCGCUGGUGUUCAGCAUUUCGUCCGCCGCGAUUUUGAUGAUCCUCGCUAUUCCACCUUCUUUUUCUGAAAUUGCAAUUCUCGGGUACGUUGAUUUCGCGUCCAUCGUGAUCGCGAUCGGGGUUACUAUGAUUGCUACCGGAAUUCAAUACACGAGUAAUUCAGCCGUCAGUGCCCCUGAUAUUGUUCCGUGGUCUGCUUGGCCCAAGGUCGGCCUUACAUUUUCUGGUGCUAUCGUUGCAGCAAACAAUAUCGUCUUUGCCUACUCAUUUGCUGGUUGUUUACCGUCUUUUAUGGAGGAAAUGCAUACCCCAGAAGACUAUAUCAAGACUUUGUGGGCGAUGGGAGGCAUUCAGAUCGUGGUUUACAGUCUUACGGGUUCAAUCAUCUAUGCUUUCGUUGGUCAGGGAGUACAAUCGCCUGCUUUGCUCUCUGCCGGCCCUGUCAUUUCCCGGGUCGUAUUCGGCAUCGCACUACCAGUCAUCUUUAUAUCUGGAUCGAUCAACACGACAGUGGUCUGUCGCUACAUUCACGGAAAGGUAUACCGCGACUCGAUCAUUCGCUACAUCAACACUAAACAAGGCUGGAUGACCUGGAUCGGUCUGGUAUUCACCAUUACAGUCAUUGCAUGGGUUAUCGCAGAAGCAGUCCCUAUCUUCUCAGAGCUGCUUUCCAUCAUUUCAUCGCUUUUUGUUUCGGGCCUAUCCUUCUACCUACCACCGGUCAUGUGGUAUAUGCUUUUGAGGGAAGGAUCAUGGUACGAAAAGAAAAAUCUGAAGACCGCAAUGUACAAUGGAGUGGUAUUCCUUGUGGGAAUUAUUUUGUUCGGGUGUGGCACGUAUGCCAGUAUUGAUGAGCUGGUAAGACCUCCCCUUCGCAUAUUGAGUGGACUUAGCUCAUCCGAAUUACGAGAUUACAAAAUUUCAGUCGGGAACUGUGGGAAAGCCCUUCACGUGCUCGUAGGGGACACUGUGAUGUGUGACGGAAGAGCAAUCCGAAGUAAGAGAUGA